GAAACUCACAAAGGAAAUUAUAUUAUAGACCAGUUAUGUCACCAGUUAAAGAUAAGGGAAAAAUACUACUUUGGAAUGCGUUAUGUGGAUAGUGGCACACAAAGGCAAUGGUUGGAUUUGGAAAAGCUUAUAACUAAACAGUGUAAAGAUGUCAACCCUUUGAUAUUCUCCUUCCGUGUAAAAUAUUAUCCGGCGGAUCCAUUUCAUUUAAGCACUAAUGCCAGGAUUUUGCUAUUCAAACAACUAAAACGUGACUUAAAUCAUGGGCGACUUUAUUGUUCAAAUGAUGAGUUUAUUACUUUGGGAGCUUUGAUAGUGCAAGAGGAAUUAGGAGACUACGAUGGGAAAUUGCACUCUGCCAAUUACGUUUCAACCUUUCGAGUGUCUAUUCGACAGACCGAUGCAAUCGAAAAAAAAAUUAUGAAUAAAUACAAAGGAAGAAAACCAGGACAAGAGCCAAGUGCUGUUAUAGAUGAGUUCCUAGAAAUAGCACGCAAUCUUGAGGCAUACGGCAUCGAACCACAUUAUGUUAAAGACCAUCAUGGCAACCAACUAUAUAUCGGAGUAAAUUAUAUGGGUAUUAGCGCUUUUAUUUCAGGCAAGCGCUCACAACUCUAUCGUUGGAACGAAAUUCGAAAGUUAAACUUCGAGGGAAGAAUGUUCAUAGUCCACUCCGUCUAUACUAAUGCGAGUAGAGAACUUGUGA